AUGGCGACCACACUGCUCCAAUCCAGCAACGAAGCUCAUGUCUCCAAAGUAUGCGAAGAAUACUCUCUGACUCCGGCCGAGGUCAAAACGCUGCAUUCGCGAUGCUCCUCCGCCAAAGCCACUGCGUACUGCCCAUACUCCCGAUUCCGCGUGGGAGCAACGAUCCUCACAGAUGACGGCGGGUAUAUCGACGGAGCGAACGUAGAAAAUGCAUCGUACCCCGUGGGGACAUGCGCCGAGCGGGUAGCGUUUGGAAAAGCGGUGACGGAGGGGCAUAAGAAGUUCAAGGCGGUUGCUGUCGCCACAGAUAUCACCCCUCCCGCCAGUCCCUGUGGGAUGUGUAGGCAAUUUAUCCGCGAGUUCUGCGAGCUGGACACACCUGUAUUGAUGUUUGAUAAGGAUGGAGCUUUUAUCGUGAUGAAGCUCAGCCAGCUACUUCCAUUGUCCUUUGGCCCAGAAGCUCUCCCUCCCCCAAGCUCUCUACCAGCGACAGCCUAA